AUGGGGGUGUGGGACGCUUUUUCGGGGAAGUCCUCGCGGCAGCAGACGCCCUUGCCAUCCGACUCUGAGACCAUCCACGACCCAGCAGGCCCAGUGCAGUUCAACAACGUCUCAGGCGACGAUGUCGGCUCCUUCAUGAACCCGGGGUCCUUCGACCCAGCAGCGCUCCACCCUCUAGCAGGCCUCGACCGCGACACUCUCGACUACCUCUCCCUCGACGACUCAGCACUCUCAGACCUGCCAGGCGGCCGAUCGGUAUUACCAUCACGAGGAUGGUCGGAUGAUCUGUGCUAUGGAACAGGCGUAACAUAUCUAUCCGCGCUGGCGGCAGGGGGAGCAUGGGGCUUGGUGGAAGGGCUGAACCGGUUACCGCCAACGGCACCCCCUAAACUGCGACUCAACUCUGCGCUCAACGCCAUCACACGAAGAGGGCCGUUCUUGGGAAACUCCGCAGGAGUGGUCGCAAUGAUGUACAACGGCAUCAAUAGCACAAUAGGAUACUAUCGGGGGAAGCAUGAUUCGUUCAAUAGCGUGGCAGCGGGUGGCAUCAGCGGGAUGAUCUUCAAGAGCACAAGAGGUGUGAAACCUAUGCUCAUAUCGGGCAGCAUCGUUGGAGGGAUAGCAGGAGGUUGGGCAGAUCCGACAGACAGUCCAAUGGAGGCCAACCAGCAAGACACCGCGCCUCUUCGACUCUCCCACAAAGACCGCAUGACCAUGCAACAUACCGGCAGACCUUCCAGCUACCAGUCCCAUUCCGGGAUGUUCAAGACCGCAGCCCAUCUAGGGACUUCUGCCAUGCGUGAACCCGGCGACAACGACGACAACUGCGACGACGAGGAGCGCUUCUCCCGCAAGGAUGCGAAGAUGCGCAGUCUGGAUCGAAAGAGAGCGCACGCAAUGACACGGGAGAGAUCAACGGUGCAAGAUCAAGGCUACACCAUAUCUCAAGCCCAACUCCGCGACGUGGAAGGCAAUAACCCUCUUUUGCGGAAGCACGAAGAGGAAGAGCGUUUGGGACUUCUGCAGAUGCGGCGAGAACACAAGCUAAGCGGCCUCAAGGAGAAAGUUCGGGACGAAAGGAAACGCCAGGCAGAGCCGAUCCACUUCGAAAAGGUGAGCCGGCCAACAUCGCCUCCUUUCCAUUGUCUCAUCAACGAGCCAACCCCCGGGAUGCCUAUCGCGCGCAGAGCACCGCCAGGGCCUAUGCACGAGCGAAAAGCUCGCCGCGCCCCGGUGCCGGCACGACCUGUCAGGAAGGAACCGCAGGAGGACGAUACUGACCACGAUGACGUAGAGCCUGUGAGACCUGGGCGCUAA